AUGCCUGAGGCACUGAAGGCGCUGUUCUCGCAGCACGUGCCGCAGCUAGUGGUGCGCCCUACCAACCACGGCGGCGAGACGCUGCAGGUAGCGAUGGGCGGCACCUCCAUUGAGCGCUCCAUGGUCAACGUGGGCUCUAUCGCUGUGUACCACGUCAAGCCUGUGGUCUCCACUGACAACAAGCUCGGUAAGAAGACCACCAUCUUCACCGUCCACGUGCAGAACGCAAUCACUGGUCGCAGUUGGGUCGUGCACCGCCGCUACUCGGACUUCAUGAUGCUGCGAGGUCUCAUCGCUGAGCAUUUCAAGCUCUUUGGCGACGAGUUUCCUCGAAUCUCGGGCUUCCCCAAGAGUAGCUACGCUCCACAUGCUUUUUACUUGUCAAAUGAGCGGUUGAUAAUUUGCACUCGGUAA